CACUGAUACAGUGCAGGUCACAUAGCUUCACAGAAGUGUUUAGGUCACCAAUUCGCAAUGAACAGGCACCUGAGGGCAGGAUGAGGGAGUGGUGGAUUCAGGUUGGGCUCCUGACAGUGCCCCUCAUUGCUGUCUAUCUCCACAUCCCUCCACCUCACAUUUCUCCAACCCUUAAUUCCUGGAAAACUGCCGGGGCAUUUUUUACAUUCAAAGGAAACCACAUCUUUUACAGAGAUUCCUUGGGUGCAGUAGGAAGUUCUGAUGUGGUUAUACUUUUACAUGGAUUCCCAACAUCAAGUUAUGACUGGUACAAGAUAUGGGAUGGACUGAAUCAGAGGUUCAACAGAGUGAUUGCACUGGAUUUCCUAGGUUUUGGUUUCAGUGACAAACCUAGGCCUCAUCGGUAUUCCAUUUUUGAGCAGGCCAACAUUGUGGAAGCACUGAUAGCACAUCUGAGCCUGCGUGAUCAGAAAACCAAUAUCCUCUCUCAUGACUAUGGAGAUACAGUUGCAUUGGAACUCCUCUAUAGGUGUGAACACAAUAAAACGGGACAUUUAAUGAUCAACAGCCUGUGUUUGUCAAAUGGAGGCAUCUUUCCUGAAACACACUAUCCAAGAUUCCUACAAAAGCUUCUUAAAGACAGUGGGGUUCUCGCUCCAAUUCUGACCAGACUAAUUAACUUUGUCGUCUUCUCAAAGGGAAUUGGUGCUGUUUUUGGUCCAUACACUCAGCCAACAGAUGGUGAAUUCUGGGAUAUGUGGACAGGGGUCCGUGUAAAUGAUGGCCACCUUGUCAUGGACAGUAUUUUGCAGUACAUUAACCAGAGGCUGAAGCACAGAGACCGAUGGGUUGGGGCCCUCACAACUACCACAGUACCUUUACAUCUGAUUUAUGGACCGCUGGACCCAGUGAACCCUCAUCCUCAGUUUAUUACUCUGUACCAAAAACUUGUUCAGAGGUCCACAGUAUCAGUUCUUGAUGAUCAUAUCAGUCAUUAUCCACAGCUGGAGGAUCCCACAGGCUUCAUGAAUGCUUACCUCAGCUUUAUCAACUCUUUCUGAUCAUACACUACUGCUUUGCUUAAAGCUUUAGAUUACAACUAAUAUGGCUCCCUGAAAAUUAAACAAGAAAUUAUUUUGCAUUACUUUGCUACCUUAUUAGGAUAUAUGGUGGAUUUAGUAGAUUGGGUCUCUUCCUAUUAUUAAUAUUUAAAGCAAAAAUACCAACAAAAAUAAUUGAUAACGAUAGUUUUAAGAAUAGUAUCAUCUGUAUUACAAUAUUUCCUGGACCAAAAUGACUUAUUUUACUAUUGAGGUUACUCCAAGUAACAGUGGGCUGCAAACCAUUUUUUUAAAUGAUUACAAACUAAAAUGCAUGUUGUACCUGUUACAUGGAGUGCCUCAAUUACUGACAUCCUGUAUCUUCCAAUUUAGACUGUAUUGUAACUGUUAAAAUGCAGAGGUCUUAAAGAAUGUUGAAUUACAUUCCCUCCAAACAUUUAAAAUAGUGGUCAACGAUAUGAAAAUUUCCUCCAAUUUCCUUUAAUUUAUGAAAAACCUCCAGCACUAAGCCAGUGAAAAUCAAGGUACCAGCGAUGUGUAUUGAUAAGUGAAUUUAGAAUAUAAUAAAGUUUACAAACGAGGGGAGGCCAUUCGGCCUACCUUGCUCA